AUGGAUUUUGACUCCGUGCUGGAACUAUGCGAUGGAUUCGGGGCGUACCAGAAGAUCGUCAUCGGGGUGCUGCUGUUUCCAGCCACAUUUCCCUGCGCGUUCCACGCUUACAGCCAACUGUUUUUAGCGGCAAAACCGAACCAUUGGUGUCGGGUACCAGAAUUGGAGGGACUUUCGUACAAUUUGACUGGCUUUGCCAGAAACAUAAGCUUACCUUACUACCGGCAGUCGGAUGGAAGGAUUGAGUAUUCCAAGUGUUCCAUGUAUUCGCGAAAUUACUCGGAAAUUGUCAGUCGUUUGAUGGACACCGAAGCCAGUGGUAGCGGCCUAGCAGAAAUUGUCGAACCGAGCAACGGUACUACCUCGUGCCAGAAUGGAUGGAGCUACGACAAGUCCAUCUUUAACUCCACCGUGGUGACAGAAUGGGAUCUCGUUUGCGACCGAGACUUUGACACCACCGUCGCUUUGAUGGUGUUCGGUGUGGCCGGUUUGAUUGGGAACCUAGGCUUUGGGUACAUGCAGGACUACUGGGGCCGGAAGCUAUCGUUUUACAUCUGUUUGCUGGUACAGGUCACGGCGGGUGCCCUAGGAUCCGCCGUCUGGAGCUAUGGGUCCUGGUUGACCUCACGUAUCAUCGUUGGACUAACCGUUCCAGCUAUUCUGUCUAGUCCUUACAUGUUAGCGAUCGAACUCGUCGAGCCGAAGCGUCGUAACUUCUGUACCAUAAUUUCCAACAUUGCCUACUCGGUCGGACUGGUGCUGCUAUCGGUGAUCGUGUAUUAUGAACGAGACUGGCGUUCACUCUCAAUCGCCGUAUCCGUGCCGCUUCUGAUGCUGUUAUUCUUCUAUUCACUUAUCCCCGAAAGUCCCCGGUGGCUGGCUGCUCGAGGUCAGUAUGGCAAGGCGCAACAAAUUCUCCUGAAAAUUGCCAGGGUAAAUGGAAAAACAAUUGAUGAAGGUUACUGCCAGCUGCUAGAUGAACGCAUCAAGGCAAUCGCUAGGACGGAUGGAGAAGACCCGGUGCUGCCCAUCAAUGGGUCCGGCGCUGCAAGCGGUACGGUUGUCACCAGUAGCCCAGACAUUGGCCUGCGUCACCUGUUUGCGAAGCCACAGAUGCGCCGGAAAACCACUUUUGUGGCUUUUAUCUGGUUGACGAAUACGAGCGUUUACGUUGGGUUGAGCUAUUACGCGCCGGCCCUUGGUGGGGACGAAAUUUUUAACUUUUUUCUAGCCGGCCUAGUCGAGCUGCCGACAUAUAUUGUGCUUUGGCCAAGCCUUAACCUGUUCGGGCGACGCGGCGUUCUCUUCACGACGAUGGUCAUCGGGGGACUGGCCUGUGCGCUAACCAUAGUGCCGCAGGGCCGCGGCACAACGCUUCUCCUGUACUGCAUUGGCAAGAUGGGCGUUUCGUCGGCGUUCGUAGUGGUGCCAUUGACGGCGUCAGAAAUCUAUCCAACCGUCGUACGCGGCCUGGGCAUGAGUUUUUGCUCCGUAGUUGGCAUGAUCGGACCGAUCGUCAUACCACUAAUGAACUAUACUGGUAAAGAAAACGUGGCAAUACCGUUGGUAAUCAUGGGACUGGCUCUGACGGCCGGUGGAAUAGCGAGCCUUUUCUUGCCGGAAACUAAAAACAUGCCUCUUCCACAAACGCUGGCCGAUGGGGAAAAGAUAACGCUGACAAAUCCAUUUCUGGAUCCGUUUUACAGACGGAAAAGAUCAUCACCUUUGGGAGGAAAGCACUAGAUGUACACUUCUAACUCUUCAAAUUUCAGUUCACCAGCGAAUGCAAUGAUUUCAUGAUAAUAAAGUAUGCAGCGUAAGUAGGGCGUAAGUGUAA